AAAAACCUGCUUAUAACAAUUAUUUCCGUCUUAAGUGUACAUACAAAACAGGAUGCUGAGUUUGAAUGUGCAAUUCAAAUUCAAACUAUGUGUUUUGGCAUGGAAUAGGGAGCUUCAUUUGUCAUCCGUUUGCCAAUGAGACAUAAAUGUAGCCUUCGGGUAUACAAUGGUUCAGUCAAUGAUUGCUGGUGGUUUGUUGGAUUAUUUGAGAAUUAUGCUGUUUAUACUUUUACUGCAACUCUCUAUCUGCCGUGGAAUCUCUAGUGGAGAAGCAACUCUGUGUACGCUCAAUGCUUGUUUCACUUUUCAUAGGGAACAGGUCAGCUUUGAAGAUGCGCUUAGUGAAUGUAAAGAUAACGGAGGUUACUUGGCAACAACUAAAGGAAAAAGGGAGGAAGCAGAACUUCAAUCCAUUAUUUCACAGAUAGACGAACGACAUCGCAGGUUGGAUUUCGAUUUCUGGAUUGGAUUGAAAUUACCUAAAGGGCACUGUGUAGUACCGGACGUUAGUCUCAAAGGUUUUAAGUGGAUAUCUGAAAGUGAACCUUCCGAAUAUUCCAACUGGAAGAAGGAACCUAAUGCCACCUGCACAGAAGAUCGUUGCGUAUUUGUACAUUAUUUUUUAUCAAGUCGCGAGGAAUUAAAAUGGACGGAUGGUUCUUGCAAGCGCAAGGCUUUUUACGCGUGUAAAUUCUAUUUCAAAGGAAUGUGUAAACCUUUGGUGUUGGCAGGAGGAGAGCAAGUGAAUUACAUUCUCCCAUUCUCAGCAAAUCCCUUAAAUGAGAAUAAUAAACUGACUGCGUUUCCAUAUGGUACAUACGCUGAGAUAACAUGCAGUGGCAAUGUUCAGACUUCUAUUUGUAAUUUAAUGGAUGGUUUCUACAGCUGGACAUCCCCGGGUCCGUUUUGCGCCUCCGGUAAACCAAGCUGUGGGUAUAAGAAUGGCGGAUGUGAUCAAUUGUGCCUUGAUGGUGACGACGGCGAUGUCAGUUGUGGAUGCAAGGAUGGCUAUGUAUUAGAUCCGGAUAGAAAAUCGUGUAGCUUAAAGGAUUAUUGUUACAGGUCGCCGUGUCAACACCAAUGUGUAUCAGGACUAACCGGCUUCUCGUGCGUAUGCCCAAACGGCUUUCAAUUAGAUGAAAAAGGAUUUGGUUGCAUCGACGUUGAUGAAUGCCAAAACAAUUCCUGUGAUGGUCACGAUUGCAUUAAUACCCAAGGUAGUUUCACGUGCAAGUGCAAAGACGGCUAUAAAAUGGUAGAGGGCAAAUGUCGCGAUAUAGACGAGUGCAUCGAACCUAGAUCAAGAUGUCACCAGAAAUGUCGUAACUCCCAGGGAUCCUAUUCCUGUCAUUGCAUCGCCGGUUUCACUUUGUCCAAGGAAGGUCAUACUUGUGUAGACAUAGACGAAUGCCUCAGUAAUCCGUGUGAGGACAAUUGCACUAACACCAUUGGUAGUUUCAGGUGCUCUUGCCAUCGGAACUUCCGGUUUCAUCCCAAUGGAAUAACCUGCAUUCCAGAUGUGAAUGUUCUGCCCACUGCUGAGUCUUCAAGUGCUGGGCAACAAAAUGAGACGACUGACUUUAUAACCAUCACUACGGAUGGUUUGACGUCAAGCAAACCCCUAGGAACGAGUGGAUCUCUGCAUAAUGACAAUGUAUUUAGCUCUUGGACAUUUAUUUGCGUUAUUGCAUCUGUUGUUCCACUUCUUCUUGUAAUUGUAGUAACAUCUGGUAUUGUCAUAUUUCGAUGUAGGCGUUCAAAAAGGGCAGCAAGGAAGAAAAUCCUAACUGCUGACAGUUACUGUUGGGUGGCUUCUGGUUUAGAGAAGCAGUUAGCAAAAUGUGACAGGUCACACGAAAGCACUGCGUGACAUGUGUCAUCUGAAAUGUUAUAAAUAAAAUGUGUAAUUAUUAAUGAAUGUGAAUAGAGCAUGUCUCAGAUCAUUAAGCCCACUUAUUUUCUUUCUGUGGUUAUGUUUAUUGGGAACAAUGUUUCAAUCAUCACAGGCGUUGCUUAAUAGGCUACCGGAAGCCUACUUGAAAUCUUGACGUUUUUAUUUACAUAGUAUUAUACAGUGUAAUAUAAUACUUAUUGGGGCUUGCAAGGCAAACGGAUCCAGUUUCAAAUCUUUAGAUUAUUUGUUAUUCUUUGGCAUGCCAGUCAUUAUACAGUUUAUAAAAAAUGUUAAAAAGCUGUACAAGCUAAGCUAAAAUGUCUGCAAUAGUUAUGUAAAUAUACUUAUUUUGUUAUCUUUUAUACUUCACCAUUUUCAUCCGCUUUCCUUUAUGAUGUCUUCAACAUUCUACAUCCUCACCCUAUUGUUACAUGGGAGAGGCAUUGUGUCCAGUGUGGCCUGCAAAAUGAAGACAUGUCCAUAGGGGGCACUGAAGGGCAAACAUGUUGUUCAGUGCCCCCAAAAGGCACUGACUGUGUAACUAGAGAGUUUUCUUCAUAUUUCAACUACUCCAUCACUGUCAUGCCACAUGUUUUCAGCACAUCCUUUACAUUUUUACGACCCAUUAUAUUUUCCCUAAUUUUGAUGAAUCUGGAUGUUUUGUCUAAUAGCUACACGCAUUCAAAUGAUCUGGUAAUAUAGCUAGCAUUUAGAAAUUGGUGGUUGUAGUUAAAGUUGUUUAUAGGUCUAAUCAGUGCUGGCUCUAGCCUUUUGGGGGCCCUAAGCAAAAUGUUAUUAGGGGGCCCCUUGGGCCUCAUAAGCGGUCGGGGGUUCUAAGCAAAUGCUUAUGUCGCUUAUGCCUAGAGCCAGCCCUAGCUCUAAUGCAGUGAAUUGUUCACAGGGAGUUUUCAAAAUGUUCACAUUUGUUGCCUUGUAGUGUGAAAUUAAAACAAAAAGGCCUUAUUUACAAACAGUACCCAACAAUAUCCAAGUGGGGGAAAAAAAUCUGAAAAAUGUAGUGUAAAAAUUAAUACUAAUUUAUAUUUGGUGAAACCACCUUUUGCUUGAAUUACAUCCUUGAAUCCUUUUUGAAUAUGUCUCUACUAACUUUGUACUGAACCCCAGAGGUGACAUGGAGGGAAAACAAAUUGUAAAGCAUGCAUGCAUUUUAUAACUUUCACGCACACUUUACGAAGUCGCUUAAACGUUUUAAGUCACACCCGUGCUCUAAGUUGCAAUGCUCUUUAGUAAGACGUCCAUUGCAAUGCUUUCAGUACCUUCAGUGAGUAUAACAGUUCAUAAGUGUAAUAUAAUAGCUAGAUGUCUACACAUUCUUACACAAGUAGGGUAUUCUAAGCAUUAACUAAGCACUGAAACGUUGUUAGGCGCAUUGAACGGCAGUUUGUUGGACAUGGGGGGGAAUGCAUGUUAGUAAAGCGCAGGUGCGAGUUUUAAAAUGCAUAUGUAUUUUACUAUUAAUUUUCUCUCCAUGUCACUUCCAGGGCUUAGAUUGUGCAAUAUUAGAUUGUGCAAUAUUUUUCCCAUUCUUUCUUGCAGAAUUGUUCAAGCUCGGUCUAAUUGCAUGGUCAUUCCACAAAUUCUCUAUGGGAUUAAGUUUGGGGCUCUGACUCGGCCAAUCAAGGACAUUUACCUUCUUGUCCUUCAACCAAUGGUACUGUUCCUUUGGUGGUGUGCCUUUGUUUAUUGACUUGUUGAAGCUUGAACCAUAUUACCAUUUUUUUACUUCUUGGCAGAGGGCUGCAGCUUCUCAAGAAUCUGUCAGUAUUUUGCAUUGUCCAUUUUCUCCAGUCCCUGCUGAAGAGAAACACUUCCACAACAAGAUGUGGUCACCACCGCGCUUUUCUGUAGGCAUGUUUAAAUGAAUAAUAUCUCAGGCCCUUGGAACAAUUUUGUAGAAAAAUAAUAUUUGAAACACAUAAAACUUAAAACAUUAACUGCAGAUGUCUACUGGUCAUUUGCAAUUACGUAAUCAUGCUAGUGGUACUGUUCAAAUCAUACACAUGGUCCCUUUAAUAUGUAAUAAGUCAAAUACACAAUUUAAACUCUACAAAUAAUAGCUGUCAAAUAAAAUUAUACAUCCAUGGGAUUUCGUUCACUUGUCUCACAGACGCGUGACAUGAUCCUUUUGCAGAUCAGUCGUGUCCGUAGAGCCCCUCCAUUGGGACCAACUGUAUUUCUUCUGCUUGUACUGAGUCAAAUGCAUCAUGAUUUUUACCCAGUAUGCAAUUAGAACAUUUUAGCUAAAACAUUGGUAGCAUCCGCCAGAAAUUUGCCCUCAAGUAAAAUAAUAUUAUUUUGGAACAAAUAUACAGGGCAAUGCACAAACACUUUGGUUUCCAUAAACCUGUCCUCUUUGUGACAUUGUGUUUAUUUUCUUUGGCUUAGCCUUGAGAAUAUGAAGGCUAAGCCACACCUCUACACUUCCUGAAUGGUGUACAGAAAGGUGAGAG